CGUCCAUCAGGAUCUAGAAAAUUACAAUUAUUGCCACGUUAGGGCUUUUAAAUAAAACCGAACAAUGGAUUGAAUCAGUAUUAUAUUCAGUGUAUGUACUCACGUAUCCCAAAUGAAGAUUAAUGGAACUUUUGAAGUGAUUGCUGGAGCUCCACGAUACAAUUAUUUUAUUAAGGGAACUUUCAUAGAGUAGUUCAGUAGAACAAUUCAGCGCGAUUGGUGGACAGGAGGAUGAUUCAAAUGAACUCAGUGUUAGCGCGUAGGAUGACGUGGAUCGUAUAAGAGGAACUGGAUUAAUUCGUUCUCUUGCUGGUUCUUCGUUAACGACUGCAUCUGGAACCACAUGAACACCAGACUUCAAAUUAACAAUUUCAAGAUAAGAUGGUUCGACUUUGUGCGUAAUCUGAAUUACGUGAUAAGCAACUUGUGAAUGAUUUGGGUUAAAUAUGGAAGUGUUUGGAACAUUGCUUAUUCUAUUAAUCUCGCAUGUGUCACUGGCAAGUGGAUCAUCGGAAGGAAAACAGAUUGUAAAAGAUCUUUUCAGAGGUUAUGACAAAACAGUAAGACCAGUAAAGUCGCAUAACGAAUCGGUCCGUGUGGCACUUGAUAUCUCGAUUCGACAAAUCACAGAUUUGAAUGAAAGAUUACAAGUUAUUAGCACGGCAAUCUGGAUUCGAUUAGGAUGGGACGAUCAUUAUUUGCAAUGGAACACAUCUGAUUAUGGCGGACUUCACAAGAUCCACGUCUCCCCCAAGAAGAUCUGGACUCCCGACAUACAGCUUUAUGACGACGUUCGUGAAGAUCCUGCCGACUGGACUCUUUUCAAGGCGGUUGUAUACAGUAAAGGACGUGUUUGGUGGAACGUUCCCAUAUUGUUCACAUGUUCAUGUAAAUUAAACGUUAAAUACUUCCCCUACGACCAGCAAGUUUGCUCUUUUAAGUUCGGUUCCUGGACAUAUGAUGGCUUCGAACUGGACCUAGUGAACAGGAGUUCCCGUGCAGAUACGAAACAAUUCUUGGAUAAUGGGGAAUGGGAUUUGAUAGAUGUGCCCGCAGAGAGGAAUCUGUUAUACUAUACCUGCUGCCAAGAACCAUACCCAGAUGUCACAUUUAAGAUUAUAAUACGAAGGCGGCCUCUGUAUUAUAUUUUCAAUCUGAUCCUUCCUUGUAUUUUCAUUGUUGCCAUAGCCCCAUUUGCUUUCUUCCUUCCUCCUGCCUCUGGCGAAAGGAUAUCUCUGGUAAUAACGCUGUUAUUAGCCCUCACAGUAUUCUUACUCCUCGUUGCUGAGGUAAUGCCGCCACAAUCAGAAGUAGUUCCUUUGAUAGGUCAGUAUUUUGGAGUUGCAAUUGGACUCCUGGCUAUGUCCGCCAUUGUGUCAGUGUUUACGGUGCACUUCCAGCACAGAGGGUCGCGUGUGGACAGGGUCCCCAGAUGGGCGAGGAGGUUUAUUCUCGGCUUCUUGGCUAAAGUCUUGUGCCUUAACAUUGCAACGGGAAAAGGCACAAUUCCCAAGAUGAACAUGCAGGGGCUUGAAGACUUUCCUCUACAAGAAUCUGACUCUAUAUCUGUUCUGCUCAAUGAUUCUGAAGAGAAAAGAAAAAGGGUUUCAAAUCGAAAUUCUUCCCUAAGAGUAACACUCGUGGAUGAACUGGACACGAACAAUUCAAAUCUGCCUAAAAAGGAAAACAACCAAACUAAACCAGAUUCUGACAUCAAUGUCAGUCCAAAUUGGGAGCCUACGAAAUUUCUCCGUGCCAUUCUAGGAUUACUGUUCGACAUGUCCGAGCAACAGAAAGCGGAUGGCGACGAUGAGGACUGUAGAAGGGAAUGGCAGCUGGUUGCCAUGGUUAUUGAUAGAUGUCUAAUGUUCAUUUUUCUUUUCUUCACUUUAGCAUAUUCUGUCAGUUUUCUCACAUAUAGGCCUUCGUAUGAAUAA